AUGGAUGAUGCGUUGACGGCGUACUUUCCGCAGGCGGCUGAGCCCGCGAGUGGAGGAGUCCCGCGUCUCGUGCCGCCGACGACAAUUGUGAAUGAGAGCACAGUUUACCUUCUCCUCGGACAGUACGUCGCCGCGGGCCCUGCUCCCGCCAACGGGAGUAGUGCCCCCUACACGGACCUGCUGCUGGCAAAGGUGGCCUUCGACUCCAGCGCAAAGCUCAGUGCGCAGACACGUCAAAUCCAGUGGGCCGACACCUACUCCCUGUGGCCCUACUUCCCCACAACGAUUUAUUACAGGUCAAUCGUGGAGGUGGUGGGCAGCGGCGGAACUGGCGUCGUGCUGGACGACGGGACGUUGACCUUCCCCGUCCAGGCCCGAAAGGCAGACGGGACGGUGGUCUCCCUCGUCCUGCAGUCGCGAAGGCCCGAAGAAGCGUGGGAGCUCUCGUGGGGCACGACCGUGAGCGGCUGCUCCAACCCCGCCAUCGCCGAGUGGGACAGGAAAUACGGGACCCUCUACAUGGUCACCUCCUGCGACGAGGGCUUCUACAGGGUGGUGAGGUCCCGAUACUGGGGAGAGGAGUGGGUGGAGGAGGACGUGGUGCUUUCCCGUGUGUGGGGCACCUCACGCGCCCGAAGAGGGAAUGGCGUGCGAAGCGGGUUUGUCGUUGCCACCAUUGGGGGAAAAAAACUGAUGCUCCUCACGACGCCGGUGUAUUCUGAGGGCAAAGACGGCAAAGCACAAGGUCGUCUGCAUCUUUGGUUGACGGACAGGGGACGCGUGUACGACGUGGGGCCGAUAUCCGCCGCGGAGGAGGACGCUGCUGCCAGCUCCCUGUUCUACAAGAGUGACAAGGAUGGGGAGUUGAUUUCGGUAUACGAAAGGAGGAAGAAGACGGGGGAGGAGUCGUACAGUCUUGUGUCUCUUUGCGCUUGGCGGAGCAGCUGGAGCACGUCAAGUCUCUGGUGA